CCAGGAAGGUAAUGGGCAUUUUCUACGCUCUCCGCAGAGGUAGGCGCCUCUUAUUCUGGCUGCAGGAUAUCCAGGAUCUCAGCUCUGACGACGGAGACCGCUGAAUACAGAUACGCUUGGAGUGUCUGCAUUUAGCAUUUCACUCGGGAUCAACUGGUCAGCAAGUAGGGAACAUGGCUGCUCCGGGAAAUGCUUUACGGCUCCUCCUGGUGCUUUUUUCAUUGCUGGUUGGAGUGCCAGCUGUGGAAGCUUUGGAUACAGGUGAUGCAUUGGCUAUCUUGCUGGGUAUGGUUCUCAGCGCCAUUGGACUCUGUGCCUGUUUGGGCCUAUAUGCAAGAAAACAAAAUGGAGAACUGUGACUUUAAGUAAAGACGUCCAGGUCAAGGACAGACAAUUUCUCGGUUGGAUUAAAUUGAAUUUCUGAUUGUUCCCAAAACUGAUGUACAAGUCUUCAAAGCCUUAUUGCCAUACUUUGUUGAGGAAUAAACACUAUGUUUGAUAGAAAGAUAUUGUGAAAUUAGGCUGAUGAGAAGAUAAUUAUUUAAUUUUUUUGUGAUUCCCUCUUAAAGCAACAUCUAAAACAGUUGGUUUUAUUGCAGGAAAAAUUAAGUGUAAAAUUGCAUAGGAAAAUGUUACUGCAGGAUUAAUAGUGGUAAACUGUUUUUCAUUAAAAGGUGGGUGUGCAGAAAUCUGUCAAAACUAUAUGUAUGAUCUUUGGAAAUAGAGAAACACUCUUAAUUGAUACAAAGGAUUACUUUGCUUAGCUUCCUGUUAAAGUAACUUUUUCUUUCUUAACGUCCACAUUUAGUUAGAGCCCAUCUUUCAUAUGGAAAGGCCUAGCUGAUAUAUAUCUUCUUAGUAUUGUCAUGUGUUAUUGGGCAGGGGGCAGUCUCUGGUUUAAAGAUCUGAACUACCAUCUGCUGAUGGAAAGCUACUUAUCUUAGAAGAGAGCCCACUGAAAGCAUAUGAGACGCAAGCCUUCUUGGAAUGGCUAGAUGGUACACAAACAGGAUUCCUGUGUUCCUGCAUGCCUCCUGUUUAGUUCAGCAGAGUUCCUGGUGGAUCAUGCCCUCGGAGGUCUUAAAAAAUAAUCAAAAUUAGGAACAUAUUUCGAUGUCCAAAAGUUUUCUGCACUGUUUAGCUCUCGAUGUGUUUUAUUUUCUCUUGUCUACGACUUUUGAAUGGGUAUUCUAAAGGUAUUUAAGGAGGCAAGUUGUUACUGAGAGCCCAACUUGAAGAGUAUGCAAAGUCUUCCAGUAGAACUAAAUAAAUUACACAAGUUGUGUUGAUGAAAUGAAGGCAUGCAAGGCUGUCAUGAGAGCAAUUGACUUGUGUGUUUAAUUGAGCACCUAAAUCUUACUAGAAAGUGCACCCUAAAUUAUUUGCAAGAGGAGAAGCAAAUGCGAUGUUUAAAAAGCGAGGGGGAGUCAUGAAACAGAAUUAAAAUCAUAGUCUUAUAAUUGUAGGAAAAUAGACUUACUUAGCUAGAUCUUAGCAUGCAUGGAAGGGUCUGACAUUGUAAUCCUAUGCAUAGUGGCCCUAGUUUGAGGCCAGUAAAAUCAAUGGCUUUAAACUGCAGCCACUCUGCAUCGGUUUACAGAGCAAUCCUGGCAUGCCGUAUGAGCUCUUACGAUAAUUUGGAUCAGAGAAUACAAAGUGUGUUCUAAUAAAAUACUGAUUUUUAUUUCCACUUGUAGUCCCAAAAGCCAAUGGGGACAGUCGCUGCAAAAUUUCAUGAAGCAUCAUCCUUUUUUAAAAGGCCAGCUUCACUCAUAUGAGCACCUUCAUGCUAGCAUAAGGAAGCAUGGCAACAACGUACAAAAUACAACAAAGAGGAAUUACUGACCAGCAGUAGUUGAAAAGUAGAAUCUUCUCCGUAAGUCUCUCUACAUGUAAGGGGCCCAUCACAAGUGGACCAGAGGGUGUAGCACUGGGGACUGAAAUCAGAGGGUAUUCUGUCAUUAGAAGGAGGCUUAACUGGUACUGGCUAUUACGGCAUGCUCCUCUUCGGAGUUUGGGAUAGUUGCACAUCUGACUUAAAGGCAAAAUAGAAGUUCCACUAGGGGAAAAAAGGGACUAUUUAAAGCUCUGAUGUUUCAGAAUGCUGAUUGGAUUACUAUGUUAAAUAGGUUAUGAAGCUUUGCCAUGUUAUUGAUCUGUUACUCUGUCCUUCUCAGUUGAAUGUGUGUUAUACAGGCCUGGCAUGCACAAAAUGUUUACCGAGGACUGUUCUUCCAGUUGAACAUCUUUGUCAGCUUGUUUUCAUGUUUGUUUUCUGUGUUUAAAGGAAUCAAAAACCCCGCUAACUAAAGCUGUCAGUCUAGUUUGUUUUUUUUUAAUAUGCAACUAAACUGUUACAAGGGAAUGGAUGAUGUAAUGUCUCGUUGUACUAAGAGCAUGGCUUGAGAGGUGUUCAAAGCUGAGACAGAUUUAAGACAGUUAAUCCUACACUCUUGCAAUCCUGUCAAAAUACAGUUGUGGUAGAAUACAGCCUUAUCAAUACAGGUUGAAGUAAAUAGGUAUGCCUUGCCUCCCGAUAUGUAUUUGUCUGUGGUACAAAAUGUAUAUGCAUUGUGUUCGAUGUCAGGUGUUUGGUUUGUGAAUGUUGAUGAUUAUCCAUUUUUUAAAAUACAAGCAAGCAGUGUCAAGAAAAGGAGCAGGGCCUCUGGUUCAUGAAUUUUAAAGAAAUGACUAUGGAAACAUCUGGGAGCAUCCAUUCAACAUUUGAUGUGAGACAUCUGUGUUUUAUACUAGAGUACAAAAUAUCUUAUGUAAAGUAGUCCUCCUAAGCCUAUAUAUUUAAAAUACUUUCCAAGAAAGUGUGGAUGAUUUCUUUCCCCUGCUGCAGUUUUUUGUACGGGUGUAAUAAAGGUCAUGUGGAGAAAUGACCUUGACCUCACAAGGAAGGAGCCACCACUCUCACAGUAUUCUACCUUCAGUGUUGCGUGGAGGGGCUGCUGUGGAGUAACUUUGAGGAGACUAUUUUUGUAAUAACCCUGUCUAAAGUUAACUGAGAAGAAGUUGAUUGAAGUCUAUGAUAGCAUAUGAAGCCAAAGAAACAUAUUUGAUGUUCCUUUAUGUGUUUAUGUUGUGCUUUUAUUCAGUUAGCUAUAUGGAAUUUGUAACUGCAGUCUUGUCAAACCUUGCCAUUUUCUGUUCAGGUUUGAUCCACAGAAGAUGUUUCUCAGACCCCACGAGCAUAAAAUCUGUUACUUUUGGCCUGUGACACAUCAGAGCUGCUGAAAAAUAUUGUUCUUUGCCUAAACAUUUGGGUUCAGUAAUGGAAAGGUUAUUUGGUAUAAAUAAUGGUGAUUACUGAUGUUUAUGGCUUAGGGUGGAAACUAUAUGUGUAUGUAUAUAAAUUUAACUGUAUGUUUCAAAGAAUAUUCUUGUCAGUUAAUUUAAUGGAAAGGAUUUCUGAGGUGAGGUUUUUCCUGAUUUUCCUCAAUUUUGAUUAAAAUAUUUUGAUUCUGUAUACUUGAAUGGCUCUGUUAUAGCAACAAGGUAAUUGCAAAGGGCAAUUAUUUAAAAUGAUGCUGUGUUUCUUUUCACUGAAUUCCAACGGUGAAAUAGUCUCCCUUCUGA